CCUUCUAUCGAAAAAAUAUCUGUUCUUCAUGAAGAAUCUAUUAUUUUAGGAUUUCAUUUAACUGAAUAUAUGAUACGAGAUAUAAUACUUAAUAUUCCUGCAUCAACUUAUGCAUUAAUUACCGAUUCAAAUCUUGCUUCUAUUUAUCUUGAAAAUAUAUCGAUUCGAUUUAAAAAUAUUGUUUCAAAAUUAUUCCUUUCUAAAGGAAAUAAUGCGGUACCGCCAAGGUUUAUUUCUUAUGUGAUACCUCCCGGAGAACAAUCAAAAACUCGUGAUACUAAAGCUGAAAUUGAAGAUUUCCUUCUAAGUCAAACAUGUACUCGCGAUACUUGUAUCAUAGCUUUUGGUGGUGGUGUGAUUGGGGAUUUGGUUGGUUUCGUUGCUGCUACUUUUAUGCGUGGUGUACCAUUAGUUCAAGUUCCAACAACUCUUCUUGCAAUGGUAGAUUCAUCUAUAGGUGGUAAAACGGCGGUAGAUACUCCUCAUGGAAAAAAUUUGAUCGGUGCAUUUUGGCAACCUAAAAGAAUAUACAUGGAUUUAAUUUAUUUAGAAUCAUUACCUGAACGACAAUUUAUAAAUGGUAUGGCUGAAGUAAUAAAGACUGCUGCAAUUAAUAAUGAAAGUAGUUUUAUAACUCUUGAAAAUGGUGUUGCAACUAUUCGUGAUGCCGUACUAAAUCCUAAAAAAGAUGUUCCUUUUCAAGGUGCAACAUUAGAAACUCGCACACCAGCUCAAUCCCUUCUUCUUUCUGUUAUUCGUCAUUCUGCUGAAUUUAAAGCCAAUGUUGUAACAAAUGACGAGAGGGAAAGUGGUCUUCGUGGUCUUCUCAAUUUUGGUCAUUCGAUUGGUCAUGCAAUAGAAGCUAUUUUGUACGAAGUUCUCCUUCAUGGUGAAUGCGUCUCUAUCGGUAUAGUUAAAGAGGUGGAACUUGCAAGAAGUCUUGGUCACCUAAACCAAGUAGCUGUAGGUCGAUUGGUUAGGUGUUUGGAAAGUUAUGGUUUACCUAUUUCUUUAGAUGAUAAAAAAAUUAAAAAAUUGGUGGGUAAUAGACAUUGUUCUGUAGAUGAAAUAAUGGAAUUCAUGAAAGUUGAUAAAAAAAAUUUAGGUGAUAAAAAGAGAAUUGUGAUACUCUCUGGAAUUGGAAAAACUUUGGAACAAAAAGCUACCUUUGUUUCUGACCCAUACAUAAGAAAGGUUCUUUCACCUGCUGUUUCGAUUAUUCCCGUCACAUCUUCAUCUAAUAUCCCUAAUCAUGUAACAAUGACGACUCCAGGAUCAAAAUCUAUUUCAAAUCGUGCCUUGGUGCUUUCUGCACUUGGAAUUGGCACUUGUCGACUUAAAGGAUUGUUACAUUCGGAUGAUACACAAGUUAUGUUGGCUGCUUUGCAAAAUCUUGGUGGUGCAAAAUUUGAAUGGGAAGAUAAUGGUGAAACUUUGGUAGUAACAGGUGGUGGUGGUAAUCUUAAGGUUCCCGACAAGGAAAUUUAUCUUGGAAAUGCUGGAACUGCUGCCAGAUUUCUUACUACCGUCUGUACCUUAGUUUCCGCAAUGUCUAAAACUGAAACAAGAAAAACCACUAUUAUAACUGGAAAUUCGCGUAUGAAACAACGACCAAUAGGUCCUUUAGUGGAUGCACUUCGUGAAAAUGGUUCUCAAAUUCUCUAUCUUGAAAAUGAGGGCUGUCUUCCACUCGAAAUAGCUCCGUUGGGAUUACAUGGUGGCGUUAUUAACCUUUCUGCGUCUAUAUCAUCUCAAUACGUUUCAUCUAUUCUUUUAAGUGCCCCAUAUGCUAAUGAACCGGUAACUUUAAGUUUAACCGGAGGACAGGUAAUAUCUCAACCCUAUAUUGAUAUGACAAUUGCAGUGAUGGAUUCUUUUGGUAUCAAAGUAGAACGUCUUGAUGGUGAUGUAUAUCGAAUUCCGAAAGGUUGUUAUAAAAAUCCCAGUGAAUAUAUUAUAGAAGCAGAUGCUAGUUCUGCCACGUAUCCAUUGGCGAUUGCUGCUAUUACUGGCAUCACUUGUACUCUUCCAAACAUAGGUUCAGCUUCUCUUCAGGGUGAUGCUGCGUUUGCUGUUAAGGUCCUCCAACCUAUGGGAUGUACAGUUACUCAAACUGCAACAAGCACUACAGUGAAAGGGCCCCCAAUUGGUUCAUUGCGUCCAUUACCACAAAUUGACAUGGAAUCAAUGACUGAUGCAUUUUUGACAGCUUCCGUUUUAGCUGCUGUUGCUUCUAAUAAUGAUGCUGGAGAAUGUAUUACUCGAAUAACAGGCAUUGCAAAUCAACGAGUUAAAGAAUGCGAUAGAAUUGCUGCUAUGGUCAAUGAAUUAAGUAAAUUUGGUGUUACAGCAUCUGAACUUCCUGAUGGGAUUCAAAUACAUGGUGCCAAAAUUCAAUCACUCAAAGGUCCAGAAAAAGGUGUUAAGUGUUAUGAUGAUCACCGAAUAGCAAUGAGUUUUAGUGUGCUUGGAUGUGUUGUAUCAAAUGGUACGAUUAUACGUGAGAAAAAAUGUGUAGAAAAAACGUGGCCAAAUUGGUGGGAUGAUUUGGAAUCUAAAUUAGGUAUACAAUUUGAUGGUUUAGAAAUAGAAUCAGAGCAAGAUUUAUUGUUGACAAAAAAUGAAAUCAAAGUUUCAAAAGAUAAAUCAUUGUUAUUUAUUGGAAUGCGUGGUGUAGGAAAGUCGAUGUUUGGAAAAAUCGCUGCUAAUGCAUUAAACUUUCAGCUUAUCGAUUUCGAUAAACAUUUCGAAACCACUUUAUCCAUAACAUUACACGACUUUGUAGAAAAACAUGGAUGGGCAGAAUUUCGUGAGAAAGAAUUCGAAAUUCUCUCAUCAUUGCUUCAAGCUUAUCCUUCAGGCUACAUAAUCUCCUGUGGUGGUGGAAUAGUUGAAAGCCUACAUGCCCGUGAUCUUUUGAAGGCAUAUAUACGGGAAAAGGGGAUAGUUAUACAUUUAGUAAGGGAUAUUAAGGAAGUGGAGGAAUAUUUAAAUAGGUUAAACAAAGAUACAGCUCGUCCAAAAUAUGGUGAACCAUUUCUUGACGUAUGGAAACGACGUGAGGGAUGGUAUAAAGAGUGUUCCAAUUAUGAAUAUGUUUCAACAAUUUCUAGUGAUGAUACAUCGAUGUGGCAUUAUGAAGAAACAAAAUUUUAUCCGAUUUAUGAAAUUUAUUACUGGAAGAGACACCAACCAAAUUAA